AUGCCCACGGAUUCAACUGAAUCCAACACAUCACCAGAAACAUCCACCACUGUGGGAACAAUGCAGACUACCAACAAUGAUCAGUCCACUGCAACUUCCAGUUCUUCUACAGAGACUGAGGUUUCGGCAACUUUGCCUCCAAAGACCACUGGAUUCACAGAGACCUCAGCUGAGUAUAGGACAGACACAGCAGUAACCAAUCUGGAAACAACCCAAGCCUCUCUAACCAGCACCGAACCAUUAACAAAAGGUACGUCUUCAACUUCAGUACCACAGUUUACAACUGAAACAACGGUGACAUCUGGGGAAUCAACACCUAAUGAGUUCAGCACUGAAUCAACAAGUUUGAAUACAAAGUCAAGUCAAACUGAAACAACAAGCCAAGAACCAUUGACAAGUGAACUAACUUCAUCGGCAGAGUCAAAGACUACAUCUGUGACAACCAUCAUGCCCACGGAUUCAACUGAAUCCAACACAUCACCAGAAACAUCCACCACUGUGGGAACAAUGCAGACUACCAACAAUGAUCAGUCCACUGCAACUUCCAGUUCUUCUACAGAGACUGAAGUUUCAUCAACUUUGCCUCCAAAGACCACUGGAUUCACAGAGACCUCAGCUGAGUAUAGGACAGACACAGCAGUAACGGAUCUGGAAACAACCCAAGCCUCUCUAACCAGCACCGAACCAUUAACAACAGGUACGUCUUCAACUUCAGUACCACAGUUUACAACUGAAACAACAGUGACAUCUGGGGAAUCAACACCUAAUGAGUUCAGCACUGAAUCAACAAGUUUGAAUACAAAGUCAAGUCAAACUGAGCCAACAAGCCAAGAACCAUUGACAAGUGGACUGACUUCAUCGGCAGAGUCAAAGACUACAUCUGUGACAACCAUCAUGCCCACGGAUUCAACUGAAUCCAACACAUCACCAGAAACAUCCACCACUGUGGGAACAAUGCAGACUACCAACAAUGAUCAGUCCACUGCAACAUCCAGUUCUUCUACAGAGACUGAGGUUUCAUCAACUUUGCCUCCAAAGACCACUGGAUUCACAGAGACCUCAGCUGAGUAUAGGACAGACACAGCAGUAACAAAUCUGGAAACCACCCAAGCCUCUCUAACCAGCACCGAACCAUUAACAACAGGUACGUCUUCAACUUCAGUACCACAACUUACAACUGAAACAACGGUGACAUCUGGGGAAUCAACACUUAAUGAGUUCAGCACUGAAUCAACAAGUUUGAAUACAAAGUCAACUCAAACUGAAACAACAAGCCAAGAACCAUUGACAAGUGAACUAACUUCUUCGGCGGAGUCAAAGACUACAUCCAUGACAACCAUCAUGCCAACGGAUUCAACUGAAUCCAACACAUCACCAGAAACAUCCACCACUGUGGGAACAAUGCAGACUACCAACAAUGAUCAGUCCCCUGCAACAUCCAGUUCUUCUACAGAGACUGAGGUUUCGGCAACUUUGCCUCCAAAGACCACUGGAUUCACAGAGACUUCAGCUGAGUAUAGGACAGACACAGCAGUAACCAAUCUGGAAACAACCCAAGCCUCUCUAACCAGCACCGAACCAUUAAUAACAGGUACGUCUUCAACUUCAGUUCCACAGUUUACAACUGAAACAACGGUGACACCUGGGGAAUCAACACCUAAUGAGUUCAGCACUGAAUCAACAAGUUUGAAUACAAAGUCUAGUCAAACUGAACCAACAAGUCAAGAACCAUUGACAAGUGAACUGACUUCAUCGGCAGAGUCAAAGACUACAACUGUGACAACAAUCAUGCCCACGGAUUCAACUGAAUCCAACACAUCACCAGAAACAUCCACCACUGUGGGAACAAUGCAGACUACCAAUAAUGAUCAGUCCACUGCAACUUCCAGUUCUUCUACAGAGACUGAAGUUUCAUCAACUUUGCCUCCAAAGACCACUGGAUUCACAGAGACCUCAGCUGAGUAUAGGACAGACACAGCAGUAACCAAUCUGGAAACAACCCAAGCCUCUCUAACCAGCACCGAACCAUUAAUAACAGGUACGUCUUCAACUUCAGUACCACAGUUUACAACUGAAACAACGGUGACACCUGGGGAAUCAACACCUAAUGAGUUCAGCACGGAAUCAACAAGUUUGAAUACAAAGUCUAGUCAAACUGAACCAACAAGCCAAGAACCAUUGACAAGUGAACUAACUUCAUCGGCAGAGUCAAAGACUACAUCUGUGACAACCAUCAUGCCCACGGAUUACACUGAAUCCAACACAUCGCCAGAAACAUCCACCACUGUGGGAACAAUGCAGACUACCAACAAUGAUCAGUCCACGGCUACAUCCAGUUCUUCUACAGAGACUGAGGUUUCAGCAACUUUGCCUCCAAAGACGACUGGCUUCACAGAGACUUCAACUGUGUAUAGGACAGACACAGCAGUAACCAAUCUGGAAACAACCCAAGCCUCUCUAAUAACAGGUACGUCUUCAACUUCAGUACCAGAGUUUACAACUGAAACAACGGUGACAUCUGGGGAAUCAACACCUAAUGAGUUCAGCACUGAAUCAACUAGUUUGAAUACAAAGUCUAGUCAAACUGAACCAACAAGCCAAGAACCAUUGACAAGUGAACUAACUUCAUCGGCAGAGUCAAAGACUACAUCUGUGACAACCAUCAUGCCCACGGAUUCAACUGAAUCCAACACAUCACCAGAAACAUCCACCACUGUGGGAACAAUGCAGACUACCAACAAUGAUCAGUCCACUGCUACAUCCAGUUCUUCUACAGAGACUGAGGUUUCGGCAACUUUGCCUCCAAAGACAACUGGAUUCACAGAGACUUCAGCUGAGUAUAGGACAGACACAGCAGUAACCAAUCUGGAAACAACCCAAGCCUCUCUAACCAGCACCGAACCAUUAACAACAAGUAUGUCUUCAAAUUCAGUACCACAGUUUACAACUGAAACAACGGUGACAUCUGGGGAAUCAACACCUAAUGAGUUAAGCACUGAAUCAACAAGUUUGAAUACAAAGUCUAGUCAAACUGAACCAACAAGUCAAGAACCAUUGACAAGUGAACUAACUUCAUCGGCAGAGUCAAAGACUACAUCUGUGACAACCAUCAUGCCCACGGAUUCAACUGAAUCCAACACAUCACCAGAAACAUCCACCACUGUGGGAACAAUGCACACUACCAACAAUGAUCAGUCCACUGCUACAUCCAGUUCUUCUACAGAGACUGAGGUUUCGGCAACGUUGCCUCCAAAGACCACUGGAUUCACAGAGACUUCAGCUGAGUAUAGGACAGACACAGCAGUAACCAAUCUGGAAACAACCCAAGCCUCUCUAACCAGCACUGAACCAUUAAUAACAGGUACGUCUUCGACUUCACUACCAGAGUUUACAACUGAGACAAUGGUGACAUCUGGCGAAUCAACACCUAAUGAGUUCAGCACUGAAUCAACAAGUUUGAAUACAAAGUCUAGUCAAACUGAACCAACAAGUCAAGAACCAUUGACAAGUGAACUAACUUCAUCGGCAGAGUCAAAGACUACAUCUGUGACAACCAUCAUGCCCACGGAUUCAACUGAAUCCAACACAUCACCAGAAACAUCCACCACUGUGGGAACAAUGCACACUACCAACAAUGAUCAGUCCACUGCUACAUCCAGUUCUUCUACAGAGACUGAGGUUUCGGCAACGUUGCCUCCAAAGACCACUGGAUUCACAGAGACUUCAGCUGAGUAUAGGACAGACACAGCAGUAACCAAUCUGGAAACAACCCAAGCCUCUCUAACCAGCACUGAACCAUUAAUAACAGGUACGUCUUCAACUUCAGUACCACAGUUUACAACUGAGACAAUGGUGACAUCUGGCGAAUCAACACCUAAUGAGUUCAGCACUGAAUCAACAAGUUUGAAUACAAAGUCUAGUCAAACUGAACCAACAAGUCAAGAACCAUUGACAAGUGAACUAACUUCAUCGGCAGAGUCAAAGACUACAUCUGUGACAACCAUCAUGCCCACGGAUUCAACUGAAUCCAACACAUCACCAGAAACAUCCACCACUGUGGGAACAAUGCACACUACCAACAAUGAUCAGUCCACUGCUACAUCCAGUUCUUCUACAGAGACUGAGGUUUCGGCAACGUUGCCUCCAAAGACCACUGGAUUCACAGAGACUUCAGCUGAGUAUAGGACAGACACAGCAGUAACCAAUCUGGAAACAACCCAAGCCUCUCUAACCAGCACUGAACCAUUAAUAACAGGUACGUCUUCGACUUCACUACCAGAGUUUACAACUGAAACAACGGUGACAUCUGGGGAAUCAACACCUAAUGAGUUCAGCACGGAAUCAACAAGUUUGACUACAAAGUCUAGUCAAACUGAACCAACAAGCCAAGAACCAUUGACAAGUGAACUGACUUCAUCGGCAGAGUCGAAGACUACAUCUGUGACAACCAUCAUGCCCACGGAUUCAACUGAAUCCAACACAUCACCAGAAACAUCCACCACUGUGGGAACAAUGCAGACUACCAACAAUGAUCAGUUCACUGCUACAUCCAGUUCUUCUACAGAGACUGAGGUUUCGGCAACGUUGCCUCCAAAGACCACUGGAUUCACAGAGACUUCAGCUGAGUAUAGGACAGACACAGCAGUAACCAAUCUGGAAACAACCCAAGCAUCUCUAACCAGCAGCGAACCAUUAAUAACAGAGUCGAAGACUACAUCUGUGACAACCAUCAUGCCCACGGAUUCAACUGAAUCCAACACAUCACCAGAAACAUCCACCACUGUGGGAACAAUGCAGACUACCAACAAUGAUCAGUCCACUGCAACUUCCAGUUCUUCUACAGAGACUGGGGUUUCGGCAACUUUGCCUCCAAAGACCACUGGAUUCACAGAGACCUCAGCUGAGUAUAUGACAGACACAGCAGUAACCAAUCUGGAAACAACCCAAGCAUCUCUAACCAGCAGCGAACCAUUAAUAACAGAGUCAAAGACUACAUCUGUGACAACCAUCAUGCCCACGGAUUCAACUGAAUCCAACACAUCACCAGAAACAUCCACCACUGUGGGAACAAUGCAGACUACCAACAAUGAUCAGUCCACUGCAACUUCCAGUUCUUCUACAGAGACUGAGGUUUCGGCAACUUUGCCUCCAAAGACGACUGGAUUCACAGAGACCUCAGCUGAGUAUAGGACAGACACAGCAGUAACCAAUCUGGAAACAACCCAAGCAUCUCUAACCAGCAGCGAACCAUUAAUAACAGGUACGUCUUCAACUUCAGUACCAGAGUUUACAACUGAAACAACGGUGACAUCUGGGGAAUCAACACCUAAUGAGUUCAGCACUGAAUCAACAAGUUUGAAUACAAAGUCAAGUCAAACUGAACCAACAAGCCAAGAACCAUUGACAAGUGAACUGACUUCAUCGGCAGAGUCAAAGACUACAUCUGUGACAACCAUCAUGCCCACGGAUUCAACUGAAUCCAACACAUCACCAGAAACAUCCACCACUGUGGGAACAAUGCAGACUACCAACAAUGAUCAGUCCACUGCAACUUCCAGUUCUUCUACAGAGACUGGGGUUUCGGCAACUUUGCCUCCAAAGACCACUGGAUUCACAGAGACCUCAGCUGAGUAUAUGACAGACACAGCAGUAACCAAUCUGGAAACAACCCAAGCAUCUCUAACCAGCAGCGAACCAUUAAUAACAGGUACGUCUUCAACUUCAGUACCAGAGUUUACAACUGAAACAACGGUGACACCUGGGGAAUCAACACCUAAUGAGUUCAGCACGGAAUCAACAAGUUUGAAUACAAAGUCAAGUCAAACUGAACCAACAAGCCAAGAACCAUUGACAAGUGAACUGACUUCAUCGGCAGAGUCAAAGACUACAUCUGUGACAACCAUCAUGCCCACGGAUUCAACUGAAUCUAACGCAUCACCAGAAACAUCCACCACUGUGGGAACAAUGCACACUACCAACAAUGAUCAGUCCACUGCAACAUCCAGUUCUUCUAACGAGACUGAGGUUUCGGCAACUUUGCCGCCAAAGACCACUGGAUUCACAGAGACCUCAGCUGAGUAUAGGACAGACACAGCAGUAACCAAUCUGGAAACAACUCAAGCCUCUCUAACCAGCAGCGAACCAUUAAUAACAGGUAUGUCUUCAACUUCAGUACCACAGUUUACAACUGAAACAACGGUGACAUCUGGGGAAUCAACACCUAAUGAGUUCAGCACUGAAUCAACAAGUUUGAAUACAAAGUCAAGUCAAACUGAAACAACAAGCCAAGAACCAUUGACAAGUGAACUAACUUCAUCGGCAGAGUCGAAGACUACAUCUGUGACAACCAUCAUGCCCACGGAUUCAACUGAAUCCAACACAUCACCAGAAACAUCCACCACUGUGGGAACAAUGCAGACUACCAACAAUGAACAGUCCACUGCAACUUCCAGUUCUUCUACAGAGACUGAGGUUUCGGCAACUUCGCCUCCAAAGACCACUGGAUUCACAGAGACCUCAGCUGAGUAUAGGACAGACACAGCAGUAACCAAUCUGGAAACAACCCAAGCAUCUCCAACCAGCAGCGAACCAUUAAUAACAGGUACGUCUUCAACUUCAGUACCACAGUUUCCAACUGAAACAACAGUGACAUCUGGGGAAUCAACACCUAAUGAGUUCAGCACGGAAUCAACAAGUUUGACUACAAAUUCUAGUCAAACUGAACCAACAAGCCAAGAACCAUUGACAAGUGAACUAACUUCAUCAACAGAGUCAAAGACUACAUCUGUGACAACCAUCAUGCCCACGGAUUCAACUGAAUCCAACGCAUCACCAGAAACAUCCACCACUGUGGGAACAAUGCAGACUACCAACAAUGAUCAGUCCACUGCAACUUCCAGUUCUUCUACAGAGACUGAGGUUUCGGCAACUUUGCCCCCAAAGACCACUGGAUUCACAGAGACUUCAGCUGAGUAUAGGACAGACACAGCAAUAACCAAUGUGGAAACAACCCAAGCCUCUCUAACCAGCACCGAACCAUUAAUAACAGGUACGUCUUCAACUUCAGUACCACAGUUUACAACUGAAACAACGGUGACAUCUGGGGAAUCAACACCUAAUGAGUUCAGCACUGAAUCAACAAGUUUGAAUACAAAGUCAAGUCAAACUGAACCAACAAGCCAAGAACCAUUGACAAGUGAACCGACCUCAUCGGCAGAGUCAAAGACUACAUCCGUGACAACCAUCAUGCCCACGGAUUCAACUGAAUCCAACACAUCACCAGAAACAUCCACCACUGUGGGAACAAUGCAGACUACCAACAAUGAUCAGUCCACUGCAACAUCCAGUUCUUCUACAGAGACUGAGGUUUCGGCAACUUUGCCUUCAAAGACCACUGGAUUCACAGAGACCUCAGCUGAGUAUAGGACAGACACAGCAGUAACCAAUCUGGAAACAACCCAAGCCUCUUUAACCAGCACCGAACCAUUAACAACAGGUACGUCUUCAACUUCAGUACCACAGUUUACAACUGAAACAACGGUGACAUCUGGGGAAUCAACACCUAAUGAGUUCAGCACGGAAUCAACAAGUUUGACUACAAAGUCAAGUCAAACUGAACCAACAAGCCAAGAACCAUUGACAAGUGAACUGACUUCAUUGGCAGAUUCAAAGACUACAUCUGUGACAACCAUCAUGCCCACGGAUUCAACUGAAUCCAACGCAUCACCAGAAACAUCCACCACUGUGGGAACAAUGCAGACUACCAACAAUGAUCAGUCCACUGCAACAUCCAGUUCUUCUACAGAGACUGAGGUUUCGGCAACUUUGCCUCCAAAGACCACUGGAUUCACAGAGACCUCAGCUGAGUAUAGGACAGACACAGCAGUAACCAAUCUGGAAACAACCCAAGCCUCUUUAACCAGCACCGAACCAUUAACAACAGGUACGUCUUCAACUUCAGUACCACAGUUUACAACUGAAACAACGGUGACAUCUGGGGAAUCAACACCUAAUGAGUUCAGCACGGAAUCAACAAGUUUGACUACAAAGUCAAGUCAAACUGAACCAACAAGCCAAGAACCAUUGACAAGUGAACUGACUUCAUCGGCAGAGUCAAAGACUACAUCUGUGACAACCAUCAUGCCCACGGAUUCAACUGAAUCCAACGCAUCACCAGAAACAUCCACCACUGUGGGAACAAUGCAGACUACCAACAAUGAUCAGUCCACUGCAACAUCCAGUUCUUCUACAGAGACUGGGGUUUCGGCAACUUUGCCUCCAAAGACCACUGGAUUCACAGAGACUUCAGCUGAGUAUAGGACAGACACAGCAGUAACCAAUCUGGAAACAACCCAAGCCUCUCUAACCAGCACCGAACCAUUAAUAACAGGUACGUCUUCAACUUCAGUACCAGAGUUUACAACUGAAACAACGGUGACACCUGGGGAAUCAACACCUAAUGAGUUCAGCACGGAAUCAACAAGUUUGAAUACAAAGUCAAGUCAAACUGAACCAACAAGCCAAGAACCAUUGACAAGUGAAAUGACUUCAUCGGCAGAGUCAAAGACUACAUCUGUGACAACCAUCAUGCCCACGGAUUCAACUGAAUCCAACGCAUCACCAGAAACAUCCACCACUGUGGGAACAAUGCACACUACCAACAAUGAUCAGUCCACUGCAACAUCCAGUUCUUCUACAGAGACUGAGGUUUCGGCAACUUUGCCGCCAAAGACCACUGGAUUCACAGAGACCUCAGCUGAGUAUAGGACAGACACAGCAGUAACCAAUCUGGAAACAACUCAAGCCUCUCUAACCAGCACCGAACCAUUAAUAACAGGUACGUCUUCAACUUCAGUACCACAGUUUACAACUGAAACAACGGUGACAUCUGGGGAAUCAACACCUAAUGAGUUCAGCACUGAAUCAACAAGUUUGAAUACAAAGUCAAGUCAAACUGAACCAACAAGCCAAGAACCAUUGACAAGUGAACCGACCUCAUCGGCAGAGUCGAAGACUACAUCUGUGACAACCAUCAUGCCCACGGAUUCAACUGAAUCCAACACAUCACCAGAAACAUCCACCACUGUGGGAACAAUGCAGACUACCAACAAUGAUCAGUCCAUUGCAACUUCCAGUUUUUCUACAGAGACUGAGGUUUCGGCAACUUCGCCUCCAAAGACCACUGGAUUCACAGAGACCUCAGCUGAGUAUAGGACUGACACAGCAGUAACCAAUCUGGAAACAACCCAAGCAUCUCUAACCAGCAGCGAACCAUUAAUAACAGGUAUGUUUUCAACUUCAGUACCACAGUUUACAACUGAAACAACGGUGACAUCUGGGGAAUCAACACCUAAUGAGUUCAGCACUGAAUCAACAAGUUUGAAUACAAAGUCAAGUCAAACUGAAACAACAAGCCAAGAACCAUUGACAAGUGAACUAACUUCAUCGGCAGAGUCGAAGACUACAUCUGUGACAACCAUCAUGCCCACAGAUUCAACUGAAUCCAACACAUCACCAGAAACAUCCACCACUGUGGGAACAAUGCAGACUACCAACAAUGAUCAGUCCACUGCAACUUCCAGUUCUUCUACAGAGACUGAGGUUUCGGCAACUUUGCCUCCAAAGACCACUGGAUUCACAGAGACCUCAGCUGAGUAUAGGACAGACACAGCAGUAACUAAUCUGGAAACAACCCAAGCAUCUCUAACCAGCAGCGAACCAUUAAUAACAGGUACGUCUUCAACUUCAGUACCAGAGUUUACAACUGAAACAACGGUGACAUCUGGGGAAUCAACACCUAAUGAGUUCAGCACUGAAUCAACAAGUUUGAAUACAAAGUCAAGUCAAACUGAACCAACAAGCCAAGAACCAUUGACAAGUGAACUGACUUCAUCGGCAGAGUCAAAGACUACAUCUGUGACAACCAUCAUGCCCACGGAUUCAACUGAAUCCAACACAUCACCAGAAACAUCCACCACUGUGGGAACAAUGCAGACUACCAACAAUGAUCAGUCCACUGCAACAUCCAGUUCUUCUACAGAGACUGGGGUUUCGGCAACUUUGCCUCCAAAGACCACUGGAUUCACAGAGACUUCAGCUGAGUAUAGGACAGACACAGCAGUAACCAAUCUGGAAACAACCCAAGCCUCUCUAACCAGCACCGAACCAUUAAUAACAGGUACGUCUUCAACUUCAGUACCAGAGUUUACAACUGAAACAACGGUGACACCUGGGGAAUCAACACCUAAUGAGUUCAGCACGGAAUCAACAAGUUUGAAUACAAAGUCAAGUCAAACUGAACCAACAAGCCAAGAACCAUUGACAAGUGAACUGACUUCAUCGGCAGAGUCAAAGACUACAUCUGUGACAACCAUCAUGCCCACGGAUUCAACUGAAUCCAACGCAUCACCAGAAACAUCCACCACUGUGGGAACAAUGCACACUACCAACAAUGAUCAGUCCACUGCAACAUCCAGUUCUUCUACAGAGACUGAGGUUUCGGCAACUUUGCCGCCAAAGACCACUGGAUUCACAGAGACCUCAGCUGAGUAUAGGACAGACACAGCAGUAACCAAUCUGGAAACAACUCAAGCCUCUCUAACCAGCACCGAACCAUUAAUAACAGGUACGUCUUCAACUUCAGUACCACAGUUUACAACUGAAACAACGGUGACAUCUGGGGAAUCAACACCUAAUAAGUUCAGCACGGAAUCAACAAGUUUGACUACAAAGUCAAGUCAAACUGAACCAACAAGCCAAGAACCAUUGACAAGUGAACUGACUUCAUUGGCAGAGUCAAAGACUACAUCUGUGACAACCAUCAUGCCCACGGAUUCAACUGAAUCCAACACAUCACCAGAAACAUCCACCACUGUGGGAACAAUGCAGACUACCAACAAUGAUCAGUCCACUGCAACAUCCAGUUCUUCUACAGAGACUGAGGUUUCGGCAACGUUGCCUCCAAAGACCACUGGAUUCACAGAGACCUCAGCUGAGUAUAGGACAGACACAGCAGUAACCAAUCUGGAAACAACCCAAGCAUCUCUAACCAGCAGCGAACCGUUAAUAACAGGUAUGUUUUCAACUUCAGUACCACAGUUUACAACUGAAACAACGGUGACAUCUGGGGAAUCAACACCUAAUGAGUUCAGCACAGAAUCAACAAGUUUGAAUACAAAGUCAAGUCAAACUGAACCAACAAGCCAAGAACCAUUGACAAGUGAACCGACCUCAUCGGCAGAGUCAAAGACUACAUCCGUGACAACCAUCAUGCCCACGGAUUCAACUGAAUCCAACACAUCAGCAGAAACAUCCACCACUGUGGGAACAAUGCAGACUACCAACAAUGAUCAGUCCACUGCAACAUCCAGUUCUUCUACAGAGACUGGGGUUUCGGCAACUUUGCCUCCAAAGACCACUGGAUUCACAGAGACUUCAGCUGAGUAUAGGACAGACACAGCAGUAACCAAUCUGGAAACAACCCAAGCCUCUCUAACCAGCAGCGAACCAUUAAUAACAGGUAUGUCUUCAACUUCAGUACCACAGUUUACAACUGAAACAACAGUGACAUCUGGGGAAUCAACACCUAAUGAGUUCAGCACGGAAUCAACAAUUUUGACUACAAAGUCUAGUCAAACUGAACCAACAAGCCAAGAACCAUUGACAAGUGAACUAACUUCAUCGGCAGAGUCGAAGACUACAUCUGUGACAACCAUCAUGCCCACGGAUUCAACUGAAUCCAACACAUCACCAGAAACAUCCACCACUGUGGGAACAAUGCAGACUACCAACAAUGAUCAGUCCACUGCAACAUCCAGUUCUUCUACAGAGACUGAGGUUUCGGCAACUUUGCCUCCAAAGACCACUGGAUUCACAGAGACCUCAGCUGAGUAUAGGACAGACACAGCAGUAACCAAUCCGGAAACAACUCAAGCCUCUCUAACCAGCACCGAACCAUUAAUAACAGGUACGUCUUCAACUUCAGUACCACAGUUUACAACUGAAACAACGGUGACAUCUGGGGAAUCAACACCUAAUGAGUUCAGCACUGAAUCAACAAGUUUGAAUACAAAGUCAAGUCAAACUGAACCAACAAGCCAAGAACCAUUGACAAGUGAACUCACUUCAUCGGCAGAGUCGAAGACUACAUCUGUGACAACCAUCAUGCCCACGGAUUCAACUGAAUCCAACACAUCACCAGAAACAUCCACCACUGUGGGAACAAUGCAGACUACCAACAAUGAUCAGUCCACUGCAACAUCCAGUUCUUCUACAGAGACUGAGGUUUCAUCAACUUUGCCUCCAAAGACCACUGGAUUCACAGAGACCUCAGCUGAGUAUAGGACAGACACAGCAGUAACCAAUCUGGAAACAACCCAAGCCUCUCCAACCAGCACCGAACCAUUAAUAACAGGUACAUCUUCAACUUCAGUACCAGAGUUUACAACUGAAAAAACGGUGACACCUGGGGAAUCAACACCUAAUGAGUUUAGCACGGAAUCAACAAGUUUGAAUACAAAGUCAAGUCAAACUGAACCAACAAGCCAAGAACCAUUGACAAGUGAACUGACUUCAUCGGCAGAGUCAAAGACUACAUCUGUGACAACCAUCAUGCCCACGGAUUCAACUGAAUCCAACGCAUCACCAGAAACAUCCACCACUGUGGGAACAAUGCACACUACCAACAAUGAUCAGUCCACUGCAACAUCCAGUUCUUCUACAGAGACUGGGGUUUCGGCAACUUUGCCUCCAAAGACCACUGGAUUCACAGAGACUUCAGCUGAGUAUAGGACAGACACAGCAGUAACCAAUCUGGAAACAACCCAAGCCUCUCUAACCAGCAGCGAACCAUUAAUAACAGGUAUGUCUUCAACUUCAGUACCACAGUUUACAACUGAAACAACAGUGACAUCUGGGGAAUCAACACCUAAUGAGUUCAGCACGGAAUCAACAAGUUUGACUACAAAUUCUAGUCAAACUGAACCAACAAGCCAAGAACCAUUGACAAGUGAACUAACUUCAUCGGCAGAGUCAAAGACUACAUCUGUGACAACCAUCAUGCCCACGGAUUCAACUGAAUCCAACACAUCACCAGAAACAUCCACCACUGUGGGAACAAUGCAGACUACCAACAAUGAUCAGUCCACUGCAACUUCCAGUUCUUCUACAGAGACUGAGGUUUCGGCAACUUUGCCUCCAAAGACCACUGGAUUCACAGAGACCUCAGCUGAGUAUAGUACAGACACAGCAGUAACCAAUCUGGAAACAACCCAAACCUCUUUAACCAGCACAGAACCAUUAACAACAGGUACGUCUUCAACUUCAGUACCACAGUUUACAACUGAAACAACGGUGACAUCUGGGGAAUCAACACCUAAUGAGUUCAGCACUGAAUCAACAAGUUUGAAUACAAAGUCAAGUCAAACUGAACCAACAAGCCAAGAACCAUUGACAAGUGAACUGACUUCAUCGGCAGAGUCAAAGACUACAUCCGUGACAACCAUCAUGCCCACGGAUUCAACUGAAUCCAACACAUCACCAGAAACAUCCACCACUGUGGGAACAAUGCAGACUACCAACAAUGAUCAGUCCACUGCAACAUCCAGUUCUUCUACAGAGACUGGGGUUUCGGCAACUUUGCCUCCAAAGACCACUGGAUUCACAGAGACUUCAGCUGAGUAUAGGACAGACACAGCAGUAACCAAUCUGGAAACAACCCAAGCCUCUCUAACCAGCACCGAACCAUUAAUAACAGGUACGUCUUCAACUUCAGUACCAGAGUUUACAACUGAAACAACGGUGACACCUGGGGAAUCAACACCUAAUGAGUUCAGCACGGAAUCAACAAGUUUGAAUACAAAGUCAAGUCAAACUGAACCAACAAGCCAAGAACCAUUGACAAGUGAAAUGACUUCAUCGGCAGAGUCAAAGACUACAUCUGUGACAACCAUCAUGCCCACGGAUUCAACUGAAUCCAACGCAUCACCAGAAACAUCCACCACUGUGGGAACAAUGCACACUACCAACAAUGAUCAGUCCACUGCAACAUCCAGUUCUUCUACAGAGACUGAGGUUUCGGCAACUUUGCCGCCAAAGACCACUGGAUUCACAGAGACCUCAGCUGAGUAUAGGACAGACACAGCAGUAACCAAUCUGGAAACAACUCAAGCCUCUCUAACCAGCACCGAACCAUUAAUAACAGGUACGUCUUCAACUUCAGUACCACAGUUUACAACUGAAACAACGGUGACAUCUGGGGAAUCAACACCUAAUGAGUUCAGCACUGAAUCAACAAGUUUGAAUACAAAGUCAAGUCAAACUGAACCAACAAGCCAAGAACCAUUGACAAGUGAACCGACCUCAUCGGCAGAGUCGAAGACUACAUCUGUGACAACCAUCAUGCCCACGGAUUCAACUGAAUCCAACACAUCACCAGAAACAUCCACCACUGUGGGAACAAUGCAGACUACCAACAAUGAUCAGUCCAUUGCAACUUCCAGUUAUUCUACAGAGACUGAGGUUUCGGCAACUUCGCCUCCAAAGACCACUGGAUUCACAGAGACCUCAGCUGAGUAUAGGACUGACACAGCAGUAACCAAUCUGGAAACAACCCAAGCAUCUCUAACCAGCAGCGAACCAUUAAUAACAGGUAUGUUUUCAACUUCAGUACCACAGUUUACAACUGAAACAACGGUGACAUCUGGGGAAUCAACACCUAAUGAGUUCAGCACUGAAUCAACAAGUUUGAAUACAAAGUCAAGUCAAACUGAAACAACAAGCCAAGAACCAUUGACAAGUGAACUAACUUCAUCGGCAGAGUCGAAGACUACAUCUGUGACAACCAUCAUGCCCACAGAUUCAACUGAAUCCAACACAUCACCAGAAACAUCCACCACUGUGGGAACAAUGCAGACUACCAACAAUGAUCAGUCCACUGCAACUUCCAGUUCUUCUACAGAGACUGAGGUUUCGGCAACUUUGCCUCCAAAGACCACUGGAUUCACAGAGACCUCAGCUGAGUAUAGGACAGACACAGCAGUAACUAAUCUGGAAACAACCCAAGCAUCUCUAACCAGCAGCGAACCAUUAAUAACAGGUACGUCUUCAACUUCAGUACCAGAGUUUACAACUGAAACAACGGUGACAUCUGGGGAAUCAACACCUAAUGAGUUCAGCACUGAAUCAACAAGUUUGAAUACAAAGUCAAGUCAAACUGAACCAACAAGCCAAGAACCAUUGACAAGUGAACUGACUUCAUCGGCAGAGUCAAAGACUACAUCUGUGACAACCAUCAUGCCCACGGAUUCAACUGAAUCCAACACAUCACCAGAAACAUCCACCACUGUGGGAACAAUGCAGACUACCAACAAUGAUCAGUCCACUGCAACAUCCAGUUCUUCUACAGAGACUGGGGUUUCGGCAACUUUGCCUCCAAAGACCACUGGAUUCACAGAGACUUCAGCUGAGUAUAGGACAGACACAGCAGUAACCAAUCUGGAAACAACCCAAGCCUCUCUAACCAGCACCGAACCAUUAAUAACAGGUACGUCUUCAACUUCAGUACCAGAGUUUACAACUGAAACAACGGUGACACCUGGGGAAUCAACACCUAAUGAGUUCAGCACGGAAUCAACAAGUUUGAAUACAAAGUCAAGUCAAACUGAACCAACAAGCCAAGAACCAUUGACAAGUGAACUGACUUCAUCGGCAGAGUCAAAGACUACAUCUGUGACAACCAUCAUGCCCACGGAUUCAACUGAAUCCAACGCAUCACCAGAAACAUCCACCACUGUGGGAACAAUGCACACUACCAACAAUGAUCAGUCCACUGCAACAUCCAGUUCUUCUACAGAGACUGAGGUUUCGGCAACUUUGCCGCCAAAGACCACUGGAUUCACAGAGACCUCAGCUGAGUAUAGGACAGACACAGCAGUAACCAAUCUGGAAACAACUCAAGCCUCUCUAACCAGCACCGAACCAUUAAUAACAGGUACGUCUUCAACUUCAGUACCAGAGUUUACAACUGAAACAACGGUGACACCUGGGGAAUCAACACCUAAUGAGUUCAGCACGGAAUCAACAAGUUUGAAUACAAAGUCAAGUCAAACUGAACCAACAAGCCAAGAACCAUUGACAAGUGAAAUGACUUCAUCGGCAGAGUCAAAGACUACAUCUGUGACAACCAUCAUGCCCACGGAUUCAACUGAAUCCAACGCAUCACCAGAAACAUCCACCACUGUGGGAACAAUGCACACUACCAACAAUGAUCAGUCCACUGCAACAUCCAGUUCUUCUACAGAGACUGAGGUUUCGGCAACUUUGCCGCCAAAGACCACUGGAUUCACAGAGACCUCAGCUGAGUAUAGGACAGACACAGCAGUAACCAAUCUGGAAACAACUCAAGCCUCUCUAACCAGCACCGAACCAUUAAUAACAGGUACGUCUUCAACUUCAGUACCACAGUUUACAACUGAAACAACGGUGACAUCUGGGGAAUCAACACCUAAUGAGUUCAGCACUGAAUCAACAAGUUUGAAUACAAAGUCAAGUCAAACUGAACCAACAAGCCAAGAACCAUUGACAAGUGAACCGACCUCAUCGGCAGAGUCGAAGACUACAUCUGUGACAACCAUCAUGCCCACGGAUUCAACUGAAUCCAACACAUCACCAGAAACAUCCACCACUGUGGGAACAAUGCAGACUACCAACAAUGAUCAGUCCAUUGCAACUUCCAGUUAUUCUACAGAGACUGAGGUUUCGGCAACUUCGCCUCCAAAGACCACUGGAUUCACAGAGACCUCAGCUGAGUAUAGGACUGACACAGCAGUAACCAAUCUGGAAACAACCCAAGCAUCUCUAACCAGCAGCGAACCAUUAAUAACAGGUAUGUUUUCAACUUCAGUACCACAGUUUACAACUGAAACAACGGUGACAUCUGGGGAAUCAACACCUAAUGAGUUCAGCACUGAAUCAACAAGUUUGAAUACAAAGUCAAGUCAAACUGAAACAACAAGCCAAGAACCAUUGACAAGUGAACUAACUUCAUCGGCAGAGUCGAAGACUACAUCUGUGACAACCAUCAUGCCCACAGAUUCAACUGAAUCCAACACAUCACCAGAAACAUCCACCACUGUGGGAACAAUGCAGACUACCAACAAUGAUCAGUCCACUGCAACUUCCAGUUCUUCUACAGAGACUGAGGUUUCGGCAACUUUGCCUCCAAAGACCACUGGAUUCACAGAGACCUCAGCUGAGUAUAGGACAGACACAGCAGUAACUAAUCUGGAAACAACCCAAGCAUCUCUAACCAGCAGCGAACCAUUAAUAACAGGUACGUCUUCAACUUCAGUACCAGAGUUUACAACUGAAACAACGGUGACAUCUGGGGAAUCAACACCUAAUGAGUUCAGCACUGAAUCAACAAGUUUGAAUACAAAGUCAAGUCAAACUGAACCAACAAGCCAAGAACCAUUGACAAGUGAACUGACUUCAUCGGCAGAGUCAAAGACUACAUCUGUGACAACCAUCAUGCCCACGGAUUCAACUGAAUCCAACACAUCACCAGAAACAUCCACCACUGUGGGAACAAUGCAGACUACCAACAAUGAUCAGUCCACUGCAACAUCCAGUUCUUCUACAGAGACUGGGGUUUCGGCAACUUUGCCUCCAAAGACCACUGGAUUCACAGAGACUUCAGCUGAGUAUAGGACAGACACAGCAGUAACCAAUCUGGAAACAACCCAAGCCUCUCUAACCAGCACCGAACCAUUAAUAACAGGUACGUCUUCAACUUCAGUACCAGAGUUUACAACUGAAACAACGGUGACACCUGGGGAAUCAACACCUAAUGAGUUCAGCACGGAAUCAACAAGUUUGAAUACAAAGUCAAGUCAAACUGAACCAACAAGCCAAGAACCAUUGACAAGUGAACUGACUUCAUCGGCAGAGUCAAAGACUACAUCUGUGACAACCAUCAUGCCCACGGAUUCAACUGAAUCCAACGCAUCACCAGAAACAUCCACCACUGUGGGAACAAUGCACACUACCAACAAUGAUCAGUCCACUGCAACAUCCAGUUCUUCUACAGAGACUGAGGUUUCGGCAACUUUGCCGCCAAAGACCACUGGAUUCACAGAGACCUCAGCUGAGUAUAGGACAGACACAGCAGUAACCAAUCUGGAAACAACUCAAGCCUCUCUAACCAGCACCGAACCAUUAAUAACAGGUACGUCUUCAACUUCAGUACCACAGUUUACAACUGAAACAACGGUGACAUCUGGGGAAUCAACACCUAAUAAGUUCAGCACGGAAUCAACAAGUUUGACUACAAAGUCAAGUCAAACUGAACCAACAAGCCAAGAACCAUUGACAAGUGAACUGACUUCAUCGGCAGAGUCAAAGACUACAUCUGUGACAACCAUCAUGCCCACGGAUUCAACUGAAUCCAACGCAUCACCAGAAACAUCCACCACUGUGGGAACAAUGCACACUACCAACAAUGAUCAGUCCACUGCAACAUCCAGUUCUUCUACAGAGACUGGGGUUUCGGCAACUUUGCCUCCAAAGACCACUGGAUUCACAGAGACUUCAGCUGAGUAUAGGACAGACACAGCAGUAACCAAUCUGGAAACAACCCAAGCCUCUCUAACCAGCAGCGAACCAUUAAUAACAGGUAUGUCUUCAACUUCAGUACCACAGUUUACAACUGAAACAACAGUGACAUCUGGGGAAUCAACACCUAAUGAGUUCAGCACGGAAUCAACAAUUUUGACUACAAAGUCUAGUCAAACUGAACCAACAAGCCAAGAACCAUUGACAAGUGAACUAACUUCAUCGGCAGAGUCAAAGACUACAUCUGUGACAACCAUCAUGCCCACGGAUUCAACUGAAUCCAACACAUCACCAGAAACAUCCACCACUGUGGGAACAAUGCAGACUACCAACAAUGAUCAGUCCACUGCAACAUCCAGUUCUUCUACAGAGACUGAGGUUUCGGCAACUUUGCCUCCAAAGACCACUGGAUUCACAGAGACCUCAGCUGAGUAUAGGACAGACACAGCAGUAACCAAUCCGGAAACAACUCAAGCCUCUCUAACCAGCACCGAACCAUUAAUAACAGGUACGUCUUCAACUUCAGUACCACAGUUUACAACUGAAACAACGGUGACAUCUGGGGAAUCAACACCUAAUGAGUUCAGCACUGAAUCAACAAGUUUGAAUACAAAGUCAAGUCAAACUGAACCAACAAGCCAAGAACCAUUGACAAGUGAACUCACUUCAUCGGCAGAGUCGAAGACUACAUCUGUGACAACCAUCAUGCCCACGGAUUCAACUGAAUCCAACACAUCACCAGAAACAUCCACCACUGUGGGAACAAUGCAGACUACCAACAAUGAUCAGUCCACUGCAACAUCCAGUUCUUCUACAGAGACUGAGGUUUCAUCAACUUUGCCUCCAAAGACCACUGGAUUCACAGAGACCUCAGCUGAGUAUAGGACAGACACAGCAGUAACCAAUCUGGAAACAACCCAAGCCUCUCUAACCAGCACCGAACCAUUAAUAACAGGUACAUCUUCAACUUCAGUACCAGAGUUUACAACUGAAAAAACGGUGACACCUGGGGAAUCAACACCUAAUGAGUUUAGCACGGAAUCAACAAGUUUGAAUACAAAGUCAAGUCAAACUGAACCAACAAGCCAAGAACCAUUGACAAGUGAACUGACUUCAUCGGCAGAGUCAAAGACUACAUCUGUGACAACCAUCAUGCCCACGGAUUCAACUGAAUCCAACGCAUCACCAGAAACAUCCACCACUGUGGGAACAAUGCACACUACCAACAAUGAUCAGUCCACUGCAACAUCCAGUUCUUCUACAGAGACUGGGGUUUCGGCAACUUUGCCUCCAAAGACCACUGGAUUCACAGAGACUUCAGCUGAGUAUAGGACAGACACAGCAGUAACCAAUCUGGAAACAACCCAAGCCUCUCUAACCAGCAGCGAACCAUUAAUAACAGGUAUGUCUUCAACUUCAGUACCACAGUUUACAACUGAAACAACAGUGACAUCUGGGGAAUCAACACCUAAUGAGUUCAGCACGGAAUCAACAAGUUUGACUACAAAUUCUAGUCAAACUGAACCAACAAGCCAAGAACCAUUGACAAGUGAACUAACUUCAUCGGCAGAGUCAAAGACUACAUCUGUGACAACCAUCAUGCCCACGGAUUCAACUGAAUCCAACACAUCACCAGAAACAUCCACCACUGUGGGAACAAUGCAGACUACCAACAAUGAUCAGUCCACUGCAACUUCCAGUUCUUCUACAGAGACUGAGGUUUCGGCAACUUUGCCUCCAAAGACCACUGGAUUCACAGAGACCUCAGCUGAGUAUAGUACAGACACAGCAGUAACCAAUCUGGAAACAACCCAAGCCUCUUUAACCAGCACCGAACCAUUAACAACAGGUACGUCUUCAACUUCAGUACCACAGUUUACAACUGAAACAACGGUGACAUCUGGGGAAUCAACACCUAAUGAGUUCAGCACUGAAUCAACAAGUUUGAAUACAAAGUCAAGUCAAACUGAACCAACAAGCCAAGAACCAUUGACAAGUGAACUGACUUCAUCGGCAGAGUCGAAGACUACAUCUGUGACAACCAUCAUGCCCACGGAUUCAACUGAAUCCAACACAUCACCAGAAACAUCCACCACUGUGGGAACAAUGCAGACUACCAACAAUGAUCAGUCCAUUGCAACUUCCAGUUUUUCUACAGAGACUGAGGUUUCGGCAACUUCGCCUCCAAAGACCACUGGAUUCACAGAGACCUCAGCUGAGUAUAGGACUGACACAGCAGUAACCAAUCUGGAAACAACCCAAGCAUCUCUAACCAGCAGCGAACCAUUAAUAACAGGUAUGUUUUCAACUUCAGUACCACAGUUUACAACUGAAACAACGGUGACAUCUGGGGAAUCAACACCUAAUGAGUUCAGCACUGAAUCAACAAGUUUGAAUACAAAGUCAAGUCAAACUGGAACAACAAGCCAAGAACCAUUGACAAGUGAACUAACUUCAUCGGCAGAGUCGAAGACUACAUCUGUGACAACCAUCAUGCCCACAGAUUCAACUGAAUCCAACACAUCACCAGAAACAUCCACCACUGUGGGAACAAUACAGACUACCAACAAUGAUCAGUCCACUGCAACUUCCAGUUCUUCUACAGAGACUGAGGUUUCGGCAACUUUGCCUCCAAAGACCACUGGAUUCACAGAGACCUCAGCUGAGUAUAGGACAGACACAGCAGUAACUAAUCUGGAAACAACCCAAGCAUCUCUAACCAGCAGCGAACCAUUAAUAACAGGUACGUCUUCAACUUCAGUACCAGAGUUUACAACUGAAACAACGGUGACAUCUGGGGAAUCAACACCAAAUGAGUUCAGCACUGAAUCAACAAGUUUGAAUACAAGGUCAAGUCAAACUGAACCAACAAGCCAAGAACCAUUGACAAGUGAACUGACUUCAUCGGCAGAGUCAAAGACUACAUCUGUGACAACCAUCAUGCCCACGGAUUCAACUGAAUCCAACACAUCACCAGAAACAUCCACCACUGUGGGACCAAUGCAGACUACCAACAAUGAUCAGUCCACUGCAACAUCCAGUUCUUCUACAGAGACUGGGGUUUCGGCAACUUUGCCUCCAAAGACCACUGGAUUCACAGAGACUUCAGCUGAGUAUAGGACAGACACAGCAGUAACCAAUCUGGAAACAACCCAAGCCUCUCUAACCAGCACCAAACCAUUAAUAACAGGUACGGUUUCAACUUCAGUACCAGAGUUUACAACUGAAACAACGGUGACACCUGGGGAAUCAACACCUAAUGAGUUCAGCACGGAAUCAACAAGUUUGAAUACAAAGUCAAGUCAAACUGAACCAACAAGCCAAGAACCAUUGACAAGUGAACUGACUUCAUCGGCAGAGUCAAAGACUACAUCUGUGACAACCAUCAUGCCCACGGAUUCAACUGAAUCCAACGCAUCACCAGAAACAUCCACCACUGUGGGAACAAUGCACACUACCAACAAUGAUCAGUCCACUGCAACAUCCAGUUCUUCUACAGAGACUGAGGUUUCGGCAACUUUGCCGCCAAAGACCACUGGACUCACAGAGACCUCAGCUGAGUAUAGGACAGACACAGCAGUAACCAAUCUGGAAACAACCCAAGCCUCUUUAACCAGCACCGAACCAUUAACAAGAGGUACGUCUUCAACUUCAGUACCACAGUUUACAACUGAAACAACGGUGACAUCUGGGGAAUCAACACCUAAUGAGUUCAGCACGGAAUCAACAAGUUUGACUACAAAGUCAAGUCAAACUGAACCAACAAGCCAAGAACCAUUGACAAGUGAACUGACUUCAUUGGCAGAGUCAAAGACUACAUCUGUGACAACCAUCAUGCCCACGGAUUCAACUGAAUCCAACGCAUCACCAGAAACAUCCACCACUGUGGGAACAAUGCAGACUACCAACAAUGAUCAGUCCACUGCAACAUCCAGUUCUUCUACAGAGACUGAGGUUUCGGCAACGUUGCCUCCAAAGACCACUGGAUUCACAGAGACCUCAGCUGAGUAUAGGACAGACACAGCAGUAACCAAUCUGGAAACAACCCAAGCAUCUCUAACCAGCAGCGAACCAUUAAUAACAGGUAUGUUUUCAACUUCAGUACCACAGUUUACAACUGAAACAACGGUGACAUCUGGGGAAUCAACACCUAAUGAGUUCAGCACUGAAUCAACAAGUUUGAAUACAAAGUCAAGUCAAACUGAACCAACAAGCCAAGAACCAUUGACAAGUGAACCGACCUCAUCGGCAGAGUCAAAGACUACAUCCGUGACAACCAUCAUGCCCACGGAUUCAACUGAAUCCAACACAUCACCAGAAACAUCCACCACUGUGGGAACAAUGGAGACUACCAACAAUGAUCAGUCCACUGCAACAUCCAGUUCUUCUACAGAGACUGGGGUUUCGGCAACUUUGCCUCCAAAGACCACUGGAUUCACAGAGACCUCAGCUGAGUAUAGGACAGACACAGCAGUAACCAAUCUGGAAACAACCCAAGCCUCUCUAACCAGCAGCGAACCAUUAAUAACAGGUAUGUCUUCAACUUCAGUACCACAGUUUACAACUGAAACAACAGUGACAUCUGGGGAAUCAACACCUAAUGAGUUCAGCACGGAAUCAACAAGUUUGACUACAAAGUCAAGUCAAACUGAACCAACAAGCCAAGAACCAUUGACAAGUGAACUGACUUCAUUGGCAGAGUCAAAGACUACAUCUGUGACAACCAUCAUGCCCACGGAUUCAACUGAAUCCAACACAUCACCAGAAACAUCCACCACUGUGGGAACAAUGCAGACUACCAACAAUGAUCAGUCCACUGCAACUUCCAGUUCUUCUACAGAGACUGAGGUUUCGGCAACUUUGCCUCCAAAGACCACUGGAUUCACAGAGACCUCAGCUGAGUAUAGUACAGACACAGCAGUAACCAAUCUGGAAACAACCCAAGCCUCUUUAACCAGCACCGAACCAUUAACAACAGGUACGUCUUCAACUUCAGUACCACAGUUUACAACUGAAACAACGGUGACAUCUGGGGAAUCAACACCUAAUGAGUUCAGCACUGAAUCAACAAGUUUGAAUACAAAGUCAAGUCAAACUGAACCAACAAGCCAAGAACCAUUGACAAGUGAACCGACCUCAUCGGCAGAGUCAAAGACUACAUCCGUGACAACCAUCAUGCCCACGGAUUCAACUGAAUCCAACACAUCACCAGAAACAUCCACCACUGUGGGAACAAUGCAGACUACCAACAAUGAUCAGUCCACUGCAACAUCCAGUUCUUCUACAGAGACUGAGGUUUCGGCAACUUUGCCUCCAAAGACCACUGGAUUCACAGAGACCUCAGCUGAGUAUAGGACAGACACAGCAGUAACCAAUCUGGAAACAACCCAAGCCUCUUUAACCAGCACCGAACCAUUAACAACAGGUACGUCUUCAACUUCAGUACCACAGUUUACAACUGAAACAACGGUGACAUCUGGGGAAUCAACACCUAAUGAGUUCAGCACGGAAUCAACAAGUUUGACUACAAAGUCAAGUCAAACUGAACCAACAAGCCAAGAACCAUUGACAAGUGAACUGACUUCAUUGGCAGAGUCAAAGACUACAUCUGUGACAACCAUCAUGCCCACGGAUUCAACUGAAUCCAACGCAUCACCAGAAACAUCCACCACUGUGGGAACAAUGCAGACUACCAACAAUGAUCAGUCCACUGCAACUUCCAGUUCUUCUACAGAGACUGAGGUUUCAUCAACUUUGCCUCCAAAGACCACUGGAUUCACAGAGACCUCAGCUGAGUAUAGGACAGACACAGCAGUAACCAAUCUGGAAACAACCCAAGCCUCUCUAACCAGCACCGAACCAUUAACAACAGGUACGUCUUCAACUUCAGUACCACAGUUUACAACUGAAACAACGGUGACAUCUGGGGAAUCAACACCUAAUGAGUUCAGCACUGAAUCAACAAGUUUGAAUACAAAGUCAAGUCAAACUGAACCAACAAGCCAAGAACCAUUGACAAGUGAACUGACUUCAUCGGCAGAGUCAAAGACUACAUCUGUGACAACCAUCAUGCCCACGGAUUCAACUGAAUCCAACACAUCACCAGAAACAUCCACCACUGUGGGAACAAUGCAGACCACCAACAAUGAUCAGUCCACUGCAACAUCCAGUUCUUCUACAGAGACUGAGGUUUCGGCAACUUUGCCUCCAAAGACCACUGGAUUCACAGAGACCUCAACUGAGUAUAGGACAGACACAGCAGUAACCAAUCCGGAAACAACUCAAGCCUCUCUAACCAGCACCGAACCAUUAAUAACAGGUACGUCUUCAACUUCAGUACCACAGUUUACAACUGAAACAACGGUGACAUCUGGGGAAUCAACACCUAAUGAGUUCAGCACUGAAUCAACAAGUUUGAAUACAAAGUCAAGUCAAACUGAACCAACAAGCCAAGAACCAUUGACAAGUGAACUCACUUCAUCGGCAGAGUCGAAGACUACAUCUGUGACAACCAUCAUGCCCACGGAUUCAACUGAAUCCAACACAUCACCAGAAACAUCCACCACUGUGGGAACAAUGCAGACUACCAACAAUGAUCAGUCCACUGCAACAUCCAGUUCUUCUACAGAGACUGAGGUUUCAUCAACUUUGCCUCCAAAGACCACUGGAUUCACAGAGACCUCAGCUGAGUAUAGGACAGACACAGCAGUAACCAAUCUGGAAACAACUCAAGCCUCUCUAACGAGCACCGAACCAUUAACAACAGGUACGUCUUCAACUUCAGUACCACAGUUUACAACUGAAACAACGGUGACAUCUGGGGAAUCAACACCUAAUGAGUUCAGCACUGAAUCAACAAGUUUGAAUACAAAGUCAAGUCAAACUGAACCAACAAGCCAAGAACCAUUGACAAGUGAACUCACUUCAUCGGCAGAGUCAAAGACUACAUCUGUGACAACCAUCAUGCCCACGGAUUCAACUGAAUCCAACACAUCACCAGAAACAUCCACCACUGUGGGAACAAUGCAGACUACCAACAAUGAUCAGUCCACUGCAACAUCCAGUUCUUCUACAGAGACUGAGGUUUCAUCAACUUUGCCUCCAAAGACCACUGGAUUCACAGAGACCUCAGCUGAGUAUAGGACAGACACAGCAGUAACCAAUCUGGAAACAACCCAAGCCUCUCUAACCAGCACCGAACCAUUAAUAACAGGUACGUCUUUAACUUCAGUACCAGAGUUUACAACUGAAACAACAGUGACAUCUGGGGAAUCAACACCUAAUGAGUUCAGCACGGAAUCAACAAGUUUGACUACAAAGUCUAGUCAAACCGAACCAACAAAUCAAGAACCAUUGACAAGUGAACUAACUUCUUCGGCAGAGUCAAAGACUACAUCUGUGACAACCAUCAUUCCCACGGAUUCAACUGAAUCCAACGCAUCACAAGAAACAUCCACCACUGUGGGAACAAUGCAGACUACCAACAAUGAUCAGUCCACUGCAACAUCCAGUUCUUCUACAGAGACUGAGGUUUCGGCAACUUUGCCUCCAAAGACCACUGGAUUCACAGAGACUUCAGCUGAGUAUAGGACAGACACAGCAGUAACCAAUCUGGAAACAACCCAAGCCUCUCUAACCAGCACCGAACCAUUAAUAACAGGUACGUCUUCAACUUCAGUACCAGAGUUUACAACUGAAACAACGGUGACACCUGGGGAAUCAACACCUAAUGAGUUCAGCACGGAAUCAACAAGUUUGAAUACAAAGUCAAGUCAAACUGAACCAACAAGCCAAGAACCAUUGACAAGUGAACUGACUUCAUCGGCAGAGUCAAAGACUACAUCUGUGACAACCAUCAUGCCCACGGAUUCAACUGAAUCCAACGCAUCACCAGAAACAUCCACCACUGUGGGAACAAUGCAGACUACCAACAAUGAUCAGUCCACUGCAACAUCCAGUUCUUCUACAGAGACUGAGGUUUCGGCAACUUUGCCUCCAAAGACCACUGGAUUCACAGAGACCUCAGCUGAGUAUAGGACAGACACAGCAGUAACCAAUCUGGAAACAACUCAAGCCUCUCUAACCAGUACCGAACCAUUAAUAACAGGUACGUCUUCAACUUCAGUACCACAGUUUACAACUGAAACAACGGUGACAUCUGGGGAAUCAACACCUAAUGAGUUCAGCACUGAAUCAACAAGUUUGAUUACAAAGUCAAGUCAAACUGAACCAACAAGCCAAGAACCAUUGACAAGUGAACUGACUUCAUCGGCAGAGUCAAAGACUACAUCUGUGACAACCAUCAUGCCCACGGAUUCAACUGAAUCCAACGCAUCACCAAAAACAUCCACCACAGUGGGAACAAUGCAGACUACCAACAAUGAUCAGUCCACUGCAACUUCCAGUUCUUCUACAGAGACUGAGGUUUCGGCAACUUUGCCCCCAAAGACCACUGGAUUCACAGAGACCUCAGCUGAGUAUAGGACAGACACAGCAAUAACCAAUGUGGAAACAACCCAAGCCUCUCUAACCAGCACCGAACCAUUAAUAACAGAGUCAAAGACUACAUCUGUGACAACCAUCAUGCCCACGGAUUCAACUGAAUCCAACACAUCACCAGAAACAUCCACCACUGUGGGAACAAUGCAGACUACCAACAAUGAUCAGUCCACUGCAACUUCCAGUUCUUCUACAGAGACUGAGGUUUCGGCAACUUUGCCUCCAAAGACCACUGGAUUCACAGAGACCUCAGCUCAGUAUAGGACAGACACAGCAGUAACCAAUCUGGAAACAACCCAAGCAUCUCUAACCAGCAGCGAACCAUUAAUAACAGAGUCAAAGACUACAUCUGUGACAACCAUCAUGCCCACGGAUUCAACUGAAUCCAACACAUCACCAGAAACAUCCACCACUGUGGGAACAAUGCAGACUACCAACAAUGAUCAGUCCACUGCAACAUCCAGUUCUUCUACAGAGACUGAGGUUUCAUCAACUUUGCCUCCAAAGACCACUGGAUUCACAGAGACCUCAGCUGAUACCACAGUUUACAACUGA